AUGCGUCAUGUGCAGCUCCUGACGUUCGCAGCUGCGCUAUCGAUCGUCGAGUGUUUGCAGAGGAGUGCUGUGCAGUCGACGACGGGCAUCACGCCGUCUUCUGCAGCGCAGCCACACAUUAAGUACUACGUCCACGUGGUGCGCGACGGAGAGGGCUGCUCGUUCGCUGGCCCAACGGUCCCCAUGUGUGCAAACAAAGACGCUGUCUGCAGGAUGCCGCCCGGGCAAAACGCGUUUGCGAAGGACCCGUUGUGCUUACCGUACGACCCGAGCGAUAUGGAGAGCAAUCCGUUCGAGAUCGAAGACACGGCGGUCGCUCCGUGGGCCGCGUGCAACGCGGCAGCAGAGCUCCACCGAACCGUCGGGGACCCGCCCGUGUGCAAGCGAAACUUCCAGUGCCUGUGCCUGCACGGACCGGGCGAGAGGUGUGUCUGCGCUCCCGCUGACGCAGUGGGCGAUGUCGAUGGAGCUCUGACGUGCGAUAGUACGACGUCUGCUGCUUGCCGAGAGGAUACGUAUUGCCGCUAUUUGCACGCGGGAGGUAUGGGGUGUGGACAGAGGCCGUACUUUACGUGA